AUGCGCCUUUCACCAUCGGCAGCCCUCCCGGUGCUGCUCCUGGCCGCCGUGCCGACUCAGGUUGCUGCCCACGGGCCCCAUGGCGACGUUCCCAUUCCGAGAUUCCUGGGCGGCGGGCGGCGCUUUGUCUCAGAACUGCUCGCGUCUGCCCGGGCCGAGAUGGCUGCAGAUGCGCCGUUGAGCGCAAGAGCGCCGCCCGGCGUCCCGGCUGCCGUUGCAGAAAUGGCGGGGAGGAGGGAAGCACAAAGCGGUCGUCAUCACCACCUCCCGAAGCGCGAGGAGAUGGAAUUGGACGACGCGGCACUCCGGGACGCAGCGGCCCUACGCCGGCGCCAGGUGGGCGGCAAAGACGGCAAGUGCGGGCCCGGUGCUGGCAGCUGUGCCCAGGGAUACUGCUGCUCGCCCGAAGGCUGGUGCGGCCUGACGCCCGACUACUGCUCGGCGCCCGACUGCCUGAUAAACUACGGGUCCGGCUGCGACGCCAACCAGAAGCCCGAGGGCGUGGACACGUCCAACGUGCCGCGGCCGCACGUUGGCUCGGUGCUGUACGGUGGCCUCGGCAUCUAUGACUGCGUCAAGAAGGGCGACAUUGCCAUCACGUUUGACGACGGGCCGUACAACUUCACGGGCGAUCUGCUCGACAAGUUUGCGGCGUACGGCGCCAAGGCGACCUUUUUCAUCACGGGCAACAACCUGGGCAAGGGCAUGAUCAACGACUACUCCAAACCGUGGGCAGGCUUUAUCCGUAGAAUGGUCGCCGAAGGCCACCAGGUUGCCAGCCAUACGUGGUCUCACCAAAACGCCAGCCAGCUCACCGCCGCCCAGUACCGCAACCAGAUCAUCUGGAACGAGAUCGCCUUCAACGACAUCCUCGGCUUCUUUCCCGCCUACAUGCGCCCGCCCUACUCCAUCUGCGAGUCCGCCUGCCAAAAGGCCCUGUCCGACCUCGGCUACCACGUCAUCUACUUUGACCUCGACACCGAGGGCUACCUCAACGACGACAAGAAGCUCAUCCAGAACAGCAAGGACAUCUGGGACGAGGCCAUGGACAAGGCCACCCCCGCCAGGUCGCAGUACCUCAUGAUUGAGCACGACAUCCACUACCAGACCGUCUACAACCUGACAGACUAUGUCCUCACCAGCCUGUUUGCCCGCGGCUGGCGGUCUGUGACCGUCGGCGAGUGCCUCGGCGACCCCAAGGAGAACUGGUACCGUCAAGGAUCCGGGUCGUCCUCCGGGGGCGGCGCCGGUGGUGGGCCGACCACGUCCGCGCCCAGCAAGCCGACCGCGUCCCACAGUCCCACGGGGUUCCCGUCGACCACCAUUCGCCGGACAACCUCCACUCGGCGCACCGGCCGUCCCACGUCGACGGCGACGAGCGGCAACCCCGACUCCAGCCUCGUCCCGGACAACCCGAUCGGCCCGCCUGGGAAGGGGAAUGGUGGAUCGUCUCCGGCGAAACCGACAGAGACGGGCAGCCUGAAAAAGACGGUCGACGGCGAUUGCGGUAACGGCGUUACCUGCCUGGGAAGCCGUUUCGGCGACUGCUGCUCGGUCAGCGGAUUCUGCGGCCGGAGCGCCGACUACUGUGGCGCGACAUGUCAGCCGGGCUUUGGUGCGUGUUCAGACUCGGCGCAGUAG